GCGGGUCCGGGAGUCAAAGACGAGUGAAGGUGGUGGUGGCGGCGGCGGCGGUGGCAGCGGCGACCGAACAGCAGACCCCUGGACUGAGAAGAGCAAGGACCUUUACCCUUAACCCCACUGCAUCCACCCAAUAAGAAGCCAGCCACCAUGUCGGAGUUACAGGAGGUAUCUAUCACUGAGGAGAAGCCACUGUUACCAGGAAGGAGUCUGGAAGAUGCUAAGGAGGCUGAAUUAGCUGCCCAAACUCUCUUGGACCCAGGACAGACUCAUUCUGUGGAGACCCCCUUUGGCUCCAUCACUUUCACUGUCUUUGGCAUCCCCAAACCCAAGCGUCCAGCGAUCCUCACCUACCAUGAUGUAGGACUCAAUUAUAAGACUUGCUUCAAGCCACUCUUUGAUACCGAAGACAUGCAAGAAAUUAUCAAGAACUUUGUUCGGGUUCAUGUGGAGGCCCCUGGCAUGGAGGAGGGGGCACCUGUGUUUCCUUUGGGGUACCAGUAUCCAUCUUUGGACCAGCUUGCAGACAUGAUCCCGUUUAUCCUGCAGUUCUUAAACUUCUCCACCAUUGUUGGAUUUGGAGUUGGAGCUGGAGCCUAUGUUUUGUCCCGAUAUGCUCUUUCACACCCGGAGCAAGUGGAAGGCCUUGUUCUCGUCAACCUUGAUUCUAGUGCUAAGGGCUGGAUGGACUGGGCUGCCCAUAAGCUGACUGGCCUCACCUCCUCUGUCUCCGACAUGAUCCUUGAACACCUCUUCAGUCAGGAAGAGUUGUCAGGUAGCUCAGAGCUGGUGCAGCAGUAUCGAAACAUCAUUGUGCAUGCCCCCAACCUAGAGAACAUUGAGCUCUUCUGGAACAGCUUCAACAAGUAACUAAGGGGAGAGGGAGAGGGAGAGGAGGGAAGAGA